UGCUCUUAUCCAUUUGGCAAUGAUAUUUUACGGUAUUUGAACGAAGUACCAACUCUUGUCCCGGAAAUCGUUUCAAUCCCUGAAAACGAUACUAACGGUACUUGCGACGACAAUGGGUUCUCUUUGUCAACAACGGCAAGUGAAACAUUAUUUGAUUUGAGAUCUGUUGAAGACAGCAGCAAUCUUAUUUCCCAGUCAAUAUUGUUACCAGAAAAGGAUGGAAACGUCGCUGAUCUGUCUCAGUAUGAUGAGAUUUUAAAUAAUCUUUCAUCCAACAGUGGUGGAAAUUUAAUUUCCGAUCAAGCCAUAAAUAGUUUAUUGGAUGAAAUUGAUUUCAGUAUUCCGCCAGCCGCAUCAUCUCCAAACUUUGCAAAAUCUGAUGAGAAUGGUGGAGCCUUUGUUUCCGUGGAUGAGUAUGAAAAUAUUUUGUUUGGUUCCUCGGAAGUUGAUGCACUCUUAGGAUCAAUCUCUGUUGAUACCAGUAAUGAUAAUGUGUUGAAUAUGCCGGAAGGCGGAUAUGACAAAGAGAACCUCGACAAUGGAAGC